AUGAAACUCCGAAAGAAUGGCAUUCCCUUCCGUUUCUGUACAAAUGAAACUCAAAGAACCACCGAAUCAUUGGUUCAGAAGUUGAAGAGAUUUGGCUUUGAUUUGGAAGUGGGGGAUGUGUUCGCACCGGCACCUGCUGUCAGACAAAUGCUAAUCAAACAACAAUUAAGACCACAACUAUUAGUGUACCCGGAACUGUUGCCUGAAUUCCAAGACAUCGAACAAACGGAUCCCAAUUGUGUGGUCGUUGGGGAUGCGGCCCAUCAUUUCACAUACGAAGCCAUGAAUAAAGCCUUUCAGUUGCUAUUACGGCUACAAAAUCCUAUUCUCAUUUCCAUGGGAAAGGGCAAAUACUAUAAGGAGGGCAACGAAUUGGUGUUGGAUUUGGGCGCCUAUACGGCCGCACUCGAGUACGCCUGUGAUACUAAAGCCAUAAUUAUGGGAAAGCCAUCGAAGGAGUACUACUCGGCGGCCAUCGAAUCAAUGGAUCUCAAGCUAGAAGAUGUUGUAAUGAUUGGCGAUGACAUCAACAGUGAUAUCGGGGGCGCACAGAAGAGCAACAUGCGGGGACUACUGGUGAGAACCGGGAAGUUUAGGGCUAGCGAUGAGAACCACGCGAUUGUAAAGCCGGACGCAAUUGUCAACAAUUUGGCCGAUGCUGUGGAUCAGAUACUUAGCCACAAGAGUACAAAUUGCAUUAAAUGA